GGUAACCAUGUACGAUGUAGCAAGGGUGCCUUCCCCUAAGGACGGUGCAAAUGGACUGUCCCAGCCAGUUCUUCCCGGAGCAGGAGCGGCAGCAGCUACAGGAUCCGGGCCGCCUGCGUCGACCGCGGUCUUACAAGCUACACCCGAUGAGGCGCAGCCAGGUACAGAGGAGGAAGAGGAGGAGGAGGAGGCCCAGGCAGAGCCUGUCCUGGUGAAGAAGCCACACAGAGAGAUUCUAGACCAUGAGAGGAAGAGGAGGGUCGAGCUCAAGUGUAUGGAGCUUCAGGAGAUGAUGGAGGAGCAGGGAUACACAGAGGACGAGAUCCGACAGAAAGUGAGCACAUUCAGGCAAAUGCUGAUGGACAAAGAGGGCGUCAUCACCAGAGAGGGCUCCAACACACAGCCAGUGGUCAACCACCUGCAUUAUCCGUCUGACGAGUACGAAGACGAUCCUGAGUUGACAAGGUAUGAAGACGGAGAGUGUGGUCGUGAUUACAGCAGAGUGAAGAGGAAAUCGAGCAGCUCACCUUCCCCUCGCCCAAAGAAAAGGAAGAAGAAGAAAUCUGGCCGCAGAAGGAGCAGGUUUGGCAGCUCCUCGCCCACACGCAGAGAGAAGAAGAAAAAGAGUGGGAAGAAACACAAGCGAGACAGAUCUGCGUCUGGCUCCAGGAAGAAGAGGAGAUACAGAUCGGGCAGCCCGAAGAACAAACACAAAGACAAGACUAAGCAGAAAAAGAGGUCCCCUGGUGAAACCCCGGGUAGGAGUUCACAGCGCCAAGGCAGCUGUUGCAGUUCCCGUAGCGCCUCCCUGUCCUCCACUCGCAGCACCUCCAAAUCUCCUGCGAGACUAAACUCCAAGCACAAGGCUGAUGGUCCAAAGGUGUCCGGGACCUCGCUGUCCACUGGUCCCCACAGCCUCACCACGUGGCACAACGGGGACCACACCCAGCGAAGCCGCAACGGCAAGGCCGGCAGACUCAGCCACGCUGAUGGCGAGAAAGGGAGCGAUAAGCUCCAUCUGUUGACUGCUGCCUCUGCAAGCAUCCAGUCCAGUACUCUGCUGAGAGAGCACAAGCUCCACAGCGCCCCCAGCAGGAGCCAAACGGGACCAACGUGUGCAGCAGGAGAGGCUGGGAGUGUGGACAGCAGGAAUGCAGCUGUAGGGAGCUCCGUUUCCCAGACGACAGGGAGGAGAGGGAGCCAGAGAGGCCAGAACAAGAGCUCCCACUCCCCGGCUCACAGCAGUGACUCAGCCCACUCCCUGCACAACCACACUCACAGAGGGAGGAACUCCCGUCACCAGAAAAAGACGAAAGGAGGCCACUCCUCCAAGCGUCACCACCGCACCAGCCGUGGUCAGGCGCACCAUCGGAGCCCGUCGGCAUCUCCAGGGCGACACUCGCACACAUCAGCCCGGAAAAAAGAGGAGUCUCGGAGCAAAGCCAACCUCCGACAACGCAGCAGCUCCUGGAGCAGCGGCCGCUCGUCCUCACACUCGGCAUCCAGAGACAGAGGCCCAAGCAAGGCCAAGUCCCCUCACAAUCGACAAAACAACUCCAGAGAGAGGGACAGUCCCAACCGCUCCGACACCGACAGCCGGGCUCGCCGCCGCUCGCGCAGCUACUCGCCCAUUCGCAAAAGGAGAAGAGACUCGCCCAGCUUCAUGGAAGCUCGCAGGAUCACCAGUGCUCGAAAGCGGCCGAUCCCGUACUACCGGCCCAGUCCUUCCUCGUCCAGCUCCGACAGCAGCCCGUCGCGGUCCAGCCGCAGCCGCAGCUACAGCAGCUACAGCCGCAGCCGGAGCCGCAGUCACAACCGCAGCCAGAGCAGGAGCCGCAGCUGGAGUCGCAGCCGCAGCCGGAGCUGGAGCCGCAGCAGGAGCCACUCCCGCAGUCACCACAGUUACUACAGCCGCAGCAGCUACGACAGCCCCGGCUUCUGAACACUCUGCAAGGAGGGAAAACAAAAGCAAACAGAUAAGCAGCUCGAGUUUAACUGACUUUACUCCACACCAGUUACUCUAUACCUUUCACAAGCUCUCGACAGUGUCUGCUCAGUCCGAGACUCCCGAGUCCUUGACCUGCGACUAUUAUCCCUCUCUUACACAGAGCCGUGGAUCAAAGAGGAGAAGCUUAUUUAACAGAGCACAUUACUAUAAAUUAGGUGUCACUGUUCAUAUUAUCGGUUAUCAUACAUUGAUUUGGUGGAGCCCAAAGAACAAAUAUUGCUGUAUGUUAGCACGUCCUUUCUCUUCUGCCACAAAACAACCAAAAUGAAACUUCAUUCUUUAUCAAUAUACAGUAUAUAUACAUCUAUAUCCUAAAACUAGGAGCUGAGUAGAAGACAUAAAGAUGGCUUACUGUACUCUCCCCAUCAUGUACUCAUCUCCCCCAAAGACUUUCAUUUCACCGAAGCACACAGAUCAACAGAACAAAAAGAAAAGAACAAAAGAAAAGACAGCGAAUGAAUUGGAAGCAACGAAAAAAAAGCAAAAGAAAAAAGGGGUCUUUUUUAUGAUGAAAAUUGUACUGUAUAGGUUUGUCUGUAUAGA